CUACUUCUGUCGGCUACAAACAAUAAUGGCGUCGCACGGGGACGAUACAGGCGUCUCUUCUGGGGACCAAGCAGAGAGAAAACCUCCGGCGGUGUCCUUCGCUUUCACCAAAACAGUCAACAAAUUUAAACCGACGACUGGCGACGCUUUGACCAAGAAAGAGGACAAAGAUUACCUCACCGGCAUCGACAGAAAUGAACUACAAAGCUCAAAACCGUCUGAGAAGCCCAAAGAGCUCAUCAUCCCCCUGAUCCAGAAGAACCGCUGGCACAAACCGGACCGAGCGGGCCAGAGCGAGGCCAGUGGAGGCAAAACACAAGACACGACCCAAGACAGUGACUCUGUUGACUCCCAGGCUGUCAAAGAACUCAUUGAAGACUCCAGGAGGCAGCUGGAGGAGUGGCAGAAUGGGCCUCAGUCGGAGAGAAACCUCAACCUCAGCAUCCCCCUGUUGAUGCAGAACAAAGUGCCCGAUGGCUUCGAGGAUGGAGACCGUGUAAAAGUGGAUCUGCGGCCUGAAUCUUCAACAGAGGCAGAUUAUGAGACCGUUCCUGUUGAGGCUUAUGGACUCGCUAUGCUUAAAGGGAUGGGCUGGUCAAAAACCGAAGGCAUUGGACGCACCUUUAAACAAGACGUGAAGCCAAUAGAACACCAGCUCCGUCCAAAAGGCUUGGGUCUCGGAGCUGAUCGUUCAGCAAUAAAGGACCUGGAGCCCAGCAAACAUAAACGCCCCCCCAAGCCGGGCGAGGAGCGAGCCAAGGAGGAGGAACUAGUGAUGGGUCCAGGCGGCUGUGUGCUGGUGGAGUCAGGGGCACAUAAAGAACUGUAUGGCAAGAUUGAAGGCGUUGAUCCAGACAACGCUCGAGUUAUGGUGAAGCUGGCUAUUGGUGGCAAGACUGUGACAAUCAGCCAGUAUGCUAUUAAACUGGUUGGGCGAAAGGAAUACGACAAAAACAGCAAAGACAUCAGUCGCCUCAGUAAAGCCCACAAAGACAAGGAAAAGGAGAAGGAGAAAGAGCGGGAGAAGGAGCAACAGAGACGGGAGGACAGAGACAGGCGAAGUAAUGGGGACGAGGUAAAACACAAGUCCUCAGAAAGAGAUGAAGGAAAAGAUGAGAGGAAGAGGAAGCACAGAGAUUCGAGUCCAGACAGAGAGAAGCCCCCAGUGAAAGAGGCAAGACGACCGCCGGCUCCCCCGUCCUGGCUCCAGAGAGACUUGAAAGUUCGCUUUAUAGACAAAGCUUUCAAAGGGGGGAGGUACUACAACUCAAAGAUGCGCGUGGAGGAUGUCCUGACACCGACUACCUGUGUGUGUCGAACUGAAGAGGGAAGACUGUUAGAUGAUGUGAAGCAGACCAUGCUGGAAACCAUCGUUCCAAAAAGUGAAUAUGACUCUGUAAUGGUUGUACUGGGCGAGCACAGAGGACAGGUCGGCCGUAUUCUCCAACGGGACAAGAACAAGUGCAGAGCGAUGGUCCAGCUCGACCGCUUUGAGGAGAAAGUGUUCACUCUGGAGUAUGACUGUAUUUGUCACUAUGUAGGAGCAGUGGACCACUGAUCCACGUUUCUUUAUUCAAAUAUUCCUGUUUCUUUUUCGCCCCAUCUGAAACCUCGUUUUUGUAAUAUUCAGAAAUAAUGGAUUUCUUAAGAUUUUAGAGAAUUGCAAUUUUGUAAUAAAACAUUGUCAAGA